GGCCCGAGCUUCCGGCAGUUGGACCGCCCCGCUGAUCCCGGCGCUGCCGUUCUGCGAUUCGACCCGACGCGCCUCGCCCUCAGGACAUCAUGGUGGCGUACUGGCGACAGGCUGGACUCAGCUACAUCCGGUACUCCCAGAUCUGUGCAAAAGCCGUGAGGGAUGCACUAAAGACAGAGUUCAAAGCAAAUGCUGAGAAGACAGCUGGCAGCAACAUAAAAAUUGUGAAAGUGAAGAAGGAAUAAUGAAACCUGAUUAAAGCAUGAAACACUACUUUUCAAGGUGAAGACUUAUGGGCACAUGUUAUGGCAGAUUGAAAUUUCCUCACUUCAUGGGAGAAAAAUAACUCUUGUUCGUAAAUUGACAAUGUCAAUAAAUUCCUUCAUGGUUCACCAUUA